ACAUCUGUAAUUGUUAUGCAUCAUCAAAUUAUAGAAGAAGAUUUUUUGAGAACGUUGUGGGAGAUAGAUAGUGAUCCGAAGAGAAAGCAGACGAAGGAAGAACAGCUGUGCGAAGCAUUUUACGAAAAAACCUAUACAAGAAACACUGAAGGAAGAUAUGUAGUCAAACUUCCUUUUAAAUAUGACAAUUUAUUAGCGCCAAAUGGUAAUACUAGACAAGUAGCAAUGAAACGUUUGUUACAACAAGAGAAAAGAUUACAAAAGUCCCCUGAUUUAAGAGAAGAAUACGAAAAGGGUUUAGAAGAGUACCUGAGAAUGGGGCACAUGGAAGAAGUUCCGCAAGACGAAUUAGACAAUAAAUCUGUCUAUUUACCGCAUCAUGCAGUGGUAAGGAGGGACAAAGAGACUACCAAGGUUAGAGUGGUAUAUGACGCCUCCUGUAAAGGUGAAAAUGGGAUUUCUUUAAAUGAUGAACUGUUGGUGGGACCAGUUUUACAAGAGGACUUGCGGAGUAUAACCAUGAGAUGGCGCAUGUACAAGAUUUGUUUUGUGAGUGAUGUUGUUAAAAUGUAUCGAAUGGUUGUAAUGCAUAAAGAACAUAGAGAUUACCACAGGCUGCUUUGGCGGCGAGUUACAAAACAAGCAGAUAAUCAAACAAAUGGUAACGAUGACAUUAAAGAUUUCAGGUUAUGCACGGUUACUUUUGGUACUGCAAGCGCCCCCUAUCUUGCGAUCAAGACAUUCAUGAAAAUUGCAGAAGAGGAAGGUGCUAUGUACCCAGAUGUUUCUAGAAUUAUUCGAGAAGAUACCUAUGUUGAUGACAUAAUGUCCGGAAUGGACACCGUAGAUCAAGCAAUACAAGUUAGUAAAGAUUUGAUAAAGGUUUUACAACGAGGAGGUUUCGAGCUACAAAAAUGGGCAUCCAAUAAUGCAGAUUUUUUGAAAUCUCUAAAUGCUGAACAAAUCACUACUAAAGUUAAUUUGGACAUGAAGUUGGAUGGCAUGAUUAAAGCUCUAGGACUAUCAUGGAACAUUGGUAAUGAUGAAUUUCAAUAUCAACUACAAUUAGAACCAAUGACAGAAAAGGUCACAAAGAGAACUGUACUUUCAGAUUUACAAAAAUUAUUUGAUCCUUUAGGUUGGAUUGCACCGACUAUUGUCACUGCAAAAAUUUUAGUUCAAAAGCUUUGGCUAGAAGGUGUUGGUUGGGAUGAAGAAGUAAAAAGAGAAUUAAAAGAAGAAUGGCAAGCAAUUAGAGAAGAUUUAGAGAAUGUUUGUAAAGUAAAGAUUAAACGAUGGAUAAACACAUUGAGCUCUGAAAUCAACCAAAUUACAUUACAUGGAUUUUGUGAUGCAUCUAUAAGGGCAUAUGCUGCUGUUGUGUAUUGCAGAGUUAUUACAGAAUGCAAUGAAGUGAAAACACAUCUGAUUGCUGCAAGAACAAAAGUGGCACCUGUUAGAACUAUAUCAUUGCCACGUCUAGAACUGAGUGGAGCAGCAUUGUUAGCCAAAUUAUUGCAAAAGGUAAGUCAUGCCAUGAGAGUUCCUCCAAAGAAUGUUUUUGCAUGGACAGAUUCCACAAUUGUCCUUGCAUGGUUAUCUGGAGAGCCAAACCGAUGGAAACCGUUUGUAGCAAACCGGGUUGUUGAAAUAAUAGAACAAGUCAGCAGCAAUCAUUGGUUCCAUGUGCAGUCUUCUAGUAACCCAGCAGAUGUUGCAUCUAGAGGUUCAUCUAUUUCAGAAUUACAGCAAAAUAAUAUGUGGUGGUAUGGUCCUGCAUGGCUUCUGAAUGAAAGCAUUGAAUUCACUAAGCCCUUGACAUCGUCAACAGAUUUAGAAAAGAAGAACAAUAUACAAUCUUAUUUAAAUAUUACAACAUCAGAGGAGAAAUGCAUUAAAUAUGAGAAUUAUGAAUCACUUACCGAAUUAUUGAGAGUGAUAGUACAUUGUAAGAGAUUUCUAAAUAGGAGAAGACAUCCAGACAAAUUAAAUCACGCUAUAACAACAGAAGAAAUACAGGACGCGUUAGAUAUUUGUAUAAAGCAAAGUCAAGAAGAAUUCUUAGAAGAUAUUAAAAGGUUAGGGGAAAACAAGAUAGUAAGCAAAACAAGCAAGUUAAAGACUUUAAAUCCAUAUAUUGAUAAAAAGAAUAUACUCAGGGUGGGCGGUCGAUUGAGAAACGCUAACGUAGACGAAGAUAUGAAGCAUCCUGUGAUUUUAGGCAAAAGGAAUGAACUGGUACCGUUGAUUAUAAAGGAUGCACACCUGAAAACAAUGCAUGGAGGUAUAAAAUUAAUGAUUACUUACCUGAUGAGCAAAUACUGGAUCAUUGGCUGCAAAGGUUUGGUCAAAUAUUAUAUUCAUAAAUGUCUUACCUGUGCGCGCCAGAGAGCAAAUAAUACUCAGCAAUUGAUGGGUGACUUACCUGAAUCACGUGUUACACCUGCACGUCCCUUCUCUCGAUGUGGAGUCGACUUUGCUGGACCUGUUCAUGUACUUAAUCACAAGGGAAGAGGGGCCAAGACUGGUAAGGCCUAUAUUUGUAUAUUUAUAUGCAUGGCGGUGAAAGCAAUACAUUUGGAGUUGGUGAGCGAUUUGACAUCAAGCGCAUUCAUUGCAGCGUUUAAACGAUUUGUUUCGAGAAGAGGUAGGUGUCAUGAAAUUUGGAGUGACAAUGGAUCUAGUUUUGUGGCAUCGGAUAAGGAAUUGUCAGUCAUGUUCAAAGAAAGUGGACUUGAGAUCCCAGGUCAGGUUGCUGAUAAACUAGCUAAUGAGGGAACACAAUGGCAUUUUUUACCACCAUACAGCCCCAAUUUUGCUGGUCUCUGGGAAGCUGGAGUCAAAUCUGUUAAACAGCAUCUCCGUAAAACGUUGACUGCUAAUUUGACUUUUGAAGAGUUUGCUACAGUGCUUACACAAAUCGAAGCCUGUUUAAAUUCUCGGCCAUUGACGCCUAUUAGUACGGAUGUGGAUGUAUUAGAUGAUAUCCAGGUGCUCACUCCUGGACAUUUCAUUUGUGGGGAAGCUUUGGUUACAGUUCCAGACCGUGACUACUCUCAAGCUAAUAUGAACUUAUUGACCAGAUGGCAACAUACUCAAAGACUUGUUCAAUUAUUUUGGAAACGUUGGCAAACUGAAUAUUUGUCACGUCUUAAUCAGAGGCCAAAAUGGUUAAAAAGAAUGCCAGAGUUUAGGAUUGGUGAUAUUGUUUUGUUGAAGGAGGAAAACACGCCACCAAGCAAGUGGGCUUUGGCAAGAAUAAUGGAAAAACAUCCUGGACAUGAUGACUUAACGAGAGUUUACACUGUACGUUACAAUGGGAAGUUAACCAGGCGAUCCAUUUCAAAGUUGUGCCCCUUGCCUAUUUCAGUACAUGACGAAUAGAGUUUUAUUAUAUAUUUUUUCUUACAUUUAUCUUUGAGCAUUUUAAACUGAGCGAUUGGAUGUUUUGCAUUUUAUUUUAAGAGAAGUUACUUAUAUGUUAAGAAAAGGCCUCAUAGCCCUUUUGGUGGGCGGUAUAUGUUAGUCUAGUUUUAUUUGUUUUUCACAAUUAUGUCAAUGUCAUGUCUGUACAUCAAGUGUCAAAUAGAUUGUUGAGCAAAAAUCACGUCUUUUAUUCCAAGAAA